AUGAUAUUCCUUUUCGUCUUUCUGACCAUUUUGCCGACCUUCGAUAUCUACAGUGUAGGAAAUGGGGAGCUAUCAGAUGCUCGCAAUGGUCUCACCAUCUACACUCUCACCUCUGACCGAGUCUGUACGCCCGAGAUGAUGCUCUACAACUUCACCCACAGUGUUGCUGCAGCUGUACGCUACGCGCGCUCACUGUUGCCAGUGGAGAGUGACACAUACUUCGUCGCUAGUCUAGAGCACCGAUGUGUACCUGGCUGCUCGAUGCAAGAGGCAUCGAGGGCAGGGACGUUAUAUGAAGUUCUGCAAAAUUUACAGAAAAUCGCAUCAAAGUCUGCGGGAUUCAGUGUAUUACUAGGACCUUCAUUAGCUAGUGAUUGCAAUUUAGUGAACGAGUGGAUUAACCUCGGAGACCCCAAUAAUAAGCCAAGAGUUCAACUCUACCAGAUUUCCUACUACUGUCAAAUAUUUUCAUCCUCCUCCGUCUUUAUCGACCGCCUUGCCGACACCGUUUGCGAUUCACUUGCUCCACCCAUCGCUGCGGUCUCCGUCGCAGUUCAACGCAAGACCAUUCUGCAAGGCAUUCUCGUCUAUCUCCUCAAUAGUGGUUGGAAACACAUUGCACUGUUCUACGAUAUGCUAGCCACCGACCUUGGUAUUCCUGAGACGUUGAAUUCAAUUGCAUUAACGAUUCCUCUCUCACGAAAAAGAGAAAAAGUGCUUCAACUGCUGACCAGUGUCAGUAUUAAAUCGACUACAAACUUUACGAAUCUAGUAAAGCCACUGGAAGAUCAAAUAGAAGGUUGA